CCUCCAUUUUGGCUAAUCAUGGGAGAGAUUAAAGUCUCCCCUGAUUAUAACUGGUUUAGAAGUACAGUUCCCCUCAAAAAGAUUAUUGUAGAUGAUGAUGACAGUAAAAUAUGGUCACUCUAUGACGCGGGCCCCCGAAGUAUCAGGUGCCCUCUCAUAUUUCUGCCCCCCGUGAGCGGAACUGCAGAUGUCUUUUUCCGGCAGAUUUUGGCUUUGACUGGAUGGGGUUACCGGGUUAUAGCUUUACAGUACCCAGUUUAUUGGGACCACCUUGAGUUCUGUGAUGGAUUCAGAAAACUUUUAGACCAUCUACAACUGGAUAAAGUGCAUCUUUUCGGGGCUUCUUUGGGAGGCUUUUUGGCCCAGAAGUUUGCUGAAUACACUCACAAGUCUCCCAGAGUCCACUCCCUCAUCCUCUGUAACUCCUUCAGUGACACCUCAAUCUUUAACCAGACAUGGACAGCAAACAGCUUUUGGCUAAUGCCAGCAUUUAUGCUAAAAAAAAUUGUCCUUGGAAACUUCUCCUCCGGCCCAGUGGACCCUGUGAUGGCGGAUGCCAUCGAUUUCAUGGUGGACAGGCUGGAAAGUUUGGGUCAAAGUGAACUGGCUUCAAGACUUACCCUGAAUUGUCAGAAUUCUUAUGUGGAACCUCAUAAAAUUCGGGACAUCCCUGUAACCAUCAUGGAUGUAUUUGACCAGAGUGCACUUUCAACUGAAGCUAAAGAAGAAAUGUACAAACUCUAUCCUAAUGCCCGGAGGGCUCACCUUAAAACAGGAGGCAAUUUCCCCUACCUGUGCAGAAGUGCAGAGGUGAAUCUUUAUGUCCAGAUACACUUGCUGCAGUUCCACGGAACCAAAUAUGCAGCCAUCGACCCAUCCAUGGUCAGUGCCGAGGAACUCGAGGUGCAGAAAGGCAACCUGGGCAUCGGUCAAGACGAGCAGUAG